CUGCAUCUUUUGUAUGCUGGCCACAAAGACUGUCAGCCUAUCAAACACUAUCAAACACGCCAUCUAUAGCAUCCGGUCUCUUCCAUUUUCAACCUCUAUAAAUAGAGGAGCCGAUUCGAGUAAAUGGGCACUUCAUCAUUUUCCUACACCACUGCAUUUUCACUUCUUCCCAAAUUUCAGCAAAAAAUCUUGAUCUGCAAAAACAUGGGAAACACAGCUGAAGAGAAGCCGCAAAUCCCACUUCUCACACCUUACAAAAUGGGGAAUUUUCAGCUCUCAAAUAGAGUUGUUCUGGCGCCACUGACAAGGCAGCGGUCUUUUAACAACGUGCCUCAGCCGCAUGCCGUGUUGUAUUACUCUCAGAGAGCAACCAAAGGCGGUUUUAUGCUGAGUGAAGCAACCGGAGUUUCUGAUACUGCACAAGGAUACCCUGAGACUCCGGGGAUCUGGACAAAGGAGCAAGUGGAGGCGUGGAAGCCGAUUGUAGACGCUGUUCAUGCUAAAGGUGCUGUCUUCUUUUGCCAGAUUUGGCAUGUUGGCAGGGUUUCAAACACAGGGUUUCAGCCAAACGGGCAAGCUCCGAUAUCAUCCACGGACAAAGAACUAACCCCACAAAUCCGGUCUAAUGGCAUUGAUAUUGCUCGAUUCUCGCCUCCACGUCGCCUCACAACCGAUGAAAUCCCACAAAUUGUCAAUGACUUCAGAAUUGCUGCAAGGAAUGCUAUAGAAGCCGGUUUUGAUGGAAUCGAGGUGCACGGUGCUCACGGCUAUCUCAUAGACCAGUUCUUGAAAGACGGGGUGAACAACCGGACCGAUCAAUACGGAGGGUCUCUCGAGAACCGGUGUCGUUUCGCUCGUGAGAUCAUCGAGGCUGUGACAGCCGAGGUAGGGGCAGACAGGGUCGGCAUCCGCCUCUCACCCUUUGCAAACUAUAUGGAGUCCGGGGACUCGGAUCCUACCACUCUCGGCCUUCACCUGGCCGAGACGUUGAGCAGAUACGGGAUUCUCUUCUGCCACAUGGUCGAGCCGAGGAUGAAAACCGUGGGCGAGAAAUCCGAAUGCCCGCACAGCCUUGUCCCGAUGAGACGGGUGUUUAAAGGCACCUUCAUUGUCGCGGGUGGCUACGACAGGGAAGACGGGAACAAGGCCGUGGAGGAGGAUCGCGCUGAUCUCGUUGCGUUCGGACGCCAUUUCUUGGCUAACCCUGAUCUGCCUAAGAGGUUUGAGGUGAAUGCUCCUUUGAAUAAGUAUGAUAGGAACACUUUCUAUAUACCUGAUCCUGUUGUAGGCUAUACUGAUUAUCCAUUUCUUGAUGAAACUGCUUGAUUUGGAAGUUAGAUCAAUAGCCAAAUUUGGAAUUACAUGUCUCCAUUUGAUGAUUUAGUAAAUUACUAUCAAUUAAGGGGUUUUAUUUAUGUUGAGAUUUGUUGUAGCUUGAAUUAACGCCUAUCUUGUUUACUUUAUAAAGAAGUUUGUAAUAAUGAGUAUUUGUGUGCUUUUACUUUUA